AUGCCGUCAACCGUCCACUGCAACGGAAAAGUGCACCGCAUCGUCUGCAUCCCCGGCGACGGCAUCGGCGUCGACAUAACAGACGCCGCCAUCAAAGUGCUCACCACGCUCUCCAAGACACUGGGCGGCUUCGAAUUCGACUUCACAACCCUCGACUGGAGCAGCAAGAACUAUGUGCAGCGCGGCUGGUACAUGCCGCCGGACGGGCUGGCCCAGCUCAAGAGAUACGACGCCAUUUACUUCGGCGCCGUGGGCUGGCCCGACGUGCCCGACCACAUCUCGCUGUGGGGAUUGAUCCUGCCGAUCCGCAAGACGCUGAACCAGUACGUCAAUGUGCGGCCUACGCGUAUCUUGGAGGGCACGAAGAGUCCACUCGCCGACUGCAAGAGGGAGGAUCUCGACUGGAUGAUUAUCCGCGAGAACAGCGAGGGCGAGUACUCGGGCCAAGGCGGGACGUCGCACGAGGGCUCGCCGCACACGAUAGCGACGGAGAUCAGCAUCUUCACGCGCGCAGGCACAGAGCGCAUCAUGCGCUUCGCGUUUGACACGGCGCGGUCGCGCCCGAGGAAGAAGUUGACUAUGGUGACGAAGAGCAAUGCGCAGCGCCACGGCAUGGUGCUGUGGGACACGAUCUUCUACGAGGUCGCCAAGGAGUACGAGGAUGUUGAGAUCGAUAAGAUGCUUGUUGAUGCCAUGACGGUGCGCAUGGUGCUCAACCCGAAGAGUCUGGAUACCAUUGUGGCGACGAAUCUGCAUGCGGAUAUCUUGUCGGAUCUUGCUGCUGCGCUGUCGGGCAGUAUUGGUAUUGCCCCGAGUUCGAACUUGGAUCCUACGAGGGCGAAUCCAAGCAUGUUCGAGCCGAUUCAUGGGUCGGCACCGGAUAUCGCAGGGAAGGGAAUUGCGAACCCAGUGGGUGCGUUUUGGUCUGCCGCGGAGAUGGUGCGGUGGGUGGGCGAGGAGAAAGCAGCCGAUGCGCUGAUGAAGGCAGUGGAGAAUGUUACUGCACGGGGAACCAAGACAAAAGAUCUCGGUGGUAGCGAAGGGACAGAAGGCGUGACAGACGCUGUGUGCGCAGAGAUCGAGACGCUAUUUGGCAGCUCUUAG